AUGAAUGGUCACAUUCGAAUCGUUUUCAUCAGUUGGCUGGCAACAGUUGUAAUAGUUGCCGCCCUACCGUUGGACCAGUCAUGGCAGUUGGUCCCGAACGCAGAUGGUUUUCUACACUUGGUGAAUAUCAAUCCGUAUAACCUACCGGAUGUGGAUCCCGAAGAGGCGGUACCAUCAUUCGUGCCAGAAACCGACAUAGUGUUUCGGCUAUUCACGAGAAGUAAUCCAACCGUGCCACAAUUUUUGGAAAUCGGUAACCCUUCCUCGAUCACCGGAUCCCAUUUCAACGCUGCCCAUCCGACGCGUUUUGCAAUUCAUGGUUGGGGUGGCGGAGGCCAUGAUGGCACAAACAGUGGAAUUCGUAACGCGCUUCUAGCAUACGGUGAUUUUAAUGUGAUUACAGUAGAUUGGAAUGUCGCUGCCGAUAAUCCCAAUUACGUUGCUGCUCGCAACCAAGUUGGACCUGCCGGGACCGGAGUAUCUUUAUUGAUUGACGAUCUAAUUGAUCAUGCCGGAGCUAGCCCGAGCGAUAUUUACAUCGCUGGUCACAGUUUGGGAGGACACGUUGCCGCCAAUGCCGGCAAAGCGCAAAGAGGCCGCCUAAAUACAAUCUUUGCCCUCGAUCCUGCGGGUCCCCUAUUUUCUGCUGGACAAGACGAUGCCCUUGCACCACAGGAUGCUCAAUAUGUGGAAACAAUUAUGACCAACGCCGGUCUGCUUGGUGCCGGAGUACCAAUGGGUCGAGCCAAUUUCUACCCGAACGGAGGACGUUCACAACCCUCGUGCGGAAUUGACAUAAGCGGUAACUGCGCCCACCAAUUGGCCCGAACUUUUUAUAUCGAAUCAAUUGGCUCUGCGAUACCCUUCCGAUCAACAAGAUGUGCAAGUCAUGAGGAAAUUUUGGAAGGACUUUGCACUCCCAGUGGGCCUGAUGCCAAUAUGGGAGGUGAACCAUCCAAUCACGGCCAAGGAGUUGAAGGUGUUUUCUUCCUGACGACUAAUGCAGAACCACCAUUUGCACAGGGUUGA